UUAGAUUAAUAUUCUAACAAGUUAAAAUGAACAAUAAAAUAAAUCAUCGGUUAAUAGUAACCUAUUUGUGUCUGUUUGCGACUGGAGUACACGGAUAUAAUAUUGAAACCCGUGCUGUGAAUAUUAUAACACCACGAGAUGUUCAAAACAAUAGUUGGUUUGGAUAUUCAAUGUUGCUCCAACCCGAAAGCAACGGUAAACUAAGCAUUUAUGCAAGCUCUCCUUUACACAAGAAAAACUUUACAACGACUGCUUCCAACGGAGCCAUACAUAAAUGUUUCAACGACGAAAAGUCAAAAGAUUCAUUUUCUUGCGAAAAAAUGGAUUUAGACGACACUUCAUCUUUUGGGAUGUCAAUGGUUCAGACCAAAGAUAAUAAACUAGUGGUUUGUGGCCCUCAGUGGGAAUAUCAAUGCAGAAAUGCACAUAUACCUAAACGUAUGGUCGGAGCAUGUUACAUGUUGAAUUCUUCUGAUGUAUCUAACGCUGUUCCAGAAAAACUGCCUUCUCCGUGUGUCACAGAUUGUCCUGGAGGUUUGGAUAUUGUAUUCCUCGUAGAUAGUUCUGGGAGUGUCACUGAAGAAAAUUUUAAUCAAACGAAGGAUUGGUUGGUCGCCAUUAUGGAAGGAUUCAGGGAAGGAAUGAAACACGGAGAAGUUAAUGUCGGUGUUAUACAAUAUAGUGGUACUACAGAUAGUCUGUUAUGCGAAACAGGAGUCCUAAGGAGAUUAAUUUCAAUUGAAUUACCGCUGGGUAGCUAUGAUUUAGAAGCAGCUCGUGCCAAAGUUAUGGAAUCAACUCGUUUGAGGAAGUGUACUCUCACAGGAGACGCUAUCAAUGCUACUGUAGAUGAAUUUCUACUUCACGGAAGGAAAGAAAAUGCUGCUGUCAUGAUCGUCAUUACGGACGGUCGAUCUUCAGAUGACGUCACAGGUCCAUCGAAUCACGCGAAGCAGAAUGACAUCAACAUGCUCGCCGUCGGUGUUGGCGAAAAGUUCGUCAUGAGCGAACUCGAAAUAAUCGCAAACAACAAUCUAAGCAUUUUCACAGUCGAAAGUUUUGCUAAUCUCAACUCGAUCUUAACGGAUUUACAACAAGCUAUUCUACUUGCCAGUACAUCGACAUUGGAAGGAUCGUCCGGAAAUUCAACGACCGAAUUAACACAAUGUUUGAUGGGAAUGUCGGCCUAUAUUUCAGAGGAAAAUAAUCUUUACUUGGGGGCGAUAGGAGCAAAUGAUAACAAGGGAACAAUAAUAUCAAGAUUUAUGAAAGAUAUCGGAAGUACACACGUUCUUCCAGAGGAACUUGUAAAAAGGAUCUUACCCAUGGAGGAAGAAAUAAUAAAGGAUUCUUAUCUGGGGUACUCAAUCACGGGAGGACACUUUACUGGGCCAAAUAUAGAAUGGAUUGCCACAGGAAUUCCUAGAUAUUUCAAUCAUGGGGGAGUGAUAUUAUAUCGGACGAAUGUCUCAGACAUUCAUAAUCCCCACCUGCUGUUGCCACCUUUCGACUACACAAGCAAUCGACAUCUCGGAACAUAUUUCGGUCAUACCCUCUGUGCUGUGGAUUUGAACAUAGACGGGGCUGAUGAACUAAUAGUUGGCGCACCUCUUCAGUCUGAAGCAGGAACACAUUCAUACGAUGAAGGAUGUGUUUUUAUUUACUACGGCAAUAAAUCUGCGGGAGAUAUAUCAUUUAUGACUAAACCUGCCUGUACUUUGCAUGGAUUUCUUCCGAGUUCCAGAUACGGUAUGUCGAUCAUCGGUGCCGGAAAUUUAGACAAAGAUGAAUAUAAUGAUUUUGUAGUAGUGAUCACAGCAAAGACAAUGGCACAAAGCGUAUGGAUUCUUGAAUUAACUCCUCCACAAUUAUGA